AUGUCAAUUCCCACAAAAAAUCAAAUAAUAGAUGAGGCGAAGAAUGAAUCGCCUCUAGAUAGUCGCGAAAUAUUAAUUCUCUUUGGAAGCCAGACAGGUUGUGGUCAAGAUGUAGCUGAAAGAAUAGGAAGAGAAGCAAGAAGGCGUCUUUUCAAAACACGUGUUCUUGCAAUGGACGUUUAUGAUAAGGCCAAUUUGAUAAAUGAGUCACUAGUCGUUUUCGUAUGUUCUACCACUGGUCAAGGUGAAGAACCUGACAAUAUGAAAAAAUUCUGGAAAUUUUUAUUGCGAAAAAAUUUACCCAAUGAUAUUCUGAGUCAUUUGAAAUUUACCGUUUUUGGACUAGGGGAUUCCUCAUAUUUGAGGUAUAAUUGGCCCGCCAAAAAACUUUAUAAACGUCUUAUACAACUAGGCGCCCAAAGCAUACAUCCACGUGGUGAUGGAGAUGAUCAACAUUACCUUGGCUACGAUGGAGCACUUGAUCCUUGGCUAUCAGGAUUAUGGAAAGUUUUAAUGAAUGAAUUUCCAUUACCAUCUGGAAUGGAAAUUAUACCGUCAGAUGUAUUAUAUCCUUUACUGAUUCUCACGCAGACUAUUAUUAAAUUUCUGCAUUUCUUAUUACGCCUUAAUUAUCUCACGUUACCCCCAAGUUUCAGGAUUCAAUUCAUAAAAGAUGAUUCUAGCAAUAGCUUAUCGUUAACUAAAACGAUCCUUAGUGAUGGAGAAUUCUUUGCACGUGUUCUAAAGAACGAAAGAAUUACGUCUCAUGAUCACUUUCAGGAUGUUAGGCAUAUGGAUUAUAAACCAGGAGAUGUUGCUGUAUUUAGACCUAAGAAUUUGUCUGAAGAAGUAGAGGAAUUUAUCAAAAUGAUGGAUUGGGUAGAUAUCGCAGAUGACCCAUUUGUCUUAAUCCCAAACCAAGAAGACCGCAAAGUACCCGUGCAUUGGGAACAAGUGCUUACGCUACGGAAACUGUUUGAAAAUUACCUUGAUAUUUUCAGCACUCCACGAAGAUCUUUUUUUGAAAUGCUGGCGUUCUUUACUACAAAUGAAGAUCAUACCGAAAAACUAAGAGAAUUUUGUAGUCCGGAAGGGCAGGACGAUUUAUACGCGUAUAAUCAACGAGUCCGACGCACAAUUGUGGAAGUUCUCCAAGAUUUCCCAUCGGCCAAAAUACCAUAUGACUAUAUUUUAGAUCUUUUUCCAGAAAUACAGCCUCGUCAAUUUUCAAUAUCAUCAUCUUCACAAUCUUAUCCACGACGCAUUCAUUUAACUGUCGCCAUUGUAAAAUAUAAGACGCGAAUGCAUGAACCACGACGUGGUGUAUGUACCAAGUGGUUGGCCGGUUUAUUGACAGAUUCUCGAAUUCCAUUAAAGAUAUCAAAAGGCUCAAUGCGGCUACCCACAUCAUUAUCUACUCCGGUUAUAUUAAUAGGACCAGGUACAGGGGUUGCAAUCAUGCGCGCUUUUAUACAAGAGCGUGUUUUACAAGGCGCAACAGAAAAUUAUCUUUUUUUUGGAUGCCGAUACCGUGAAAAGGACUAUUUCUAUAAGUCCGAAUGGGAAGAUUAUAUAAAUGCACAACAGCUUAAAAUAUUUAUUGCCUUCUCAAGAGAUCAGGACAAAAAGAUUUAUGUACAAGAUUUGAUCACUGAAAAUGCUCAUUUAAUUUGGCAUAUCAUACAUGAACGUGAAGGAUAUGUUUAUUUGUCAGGGAGGUCCGAUAAUAUGCCAACAUCUGUUAUAAAUGCAUUUAAACAGGUAUUCAUUUCGGAGGGAAAUUUGGAUGAAGAAAAAGCUGACAA